CGUCUAUUGUCUUUUCUAUAUGGGGCAGACCAUCGACAACCCCAAAUCCAUCAUCAUCAGAUAAUCUCCCCUCCACAACACAGCCAAGCUCUACUUGAGAUCUCCAACCCCAACUUGAAUGAACAGCAUGAACACCCAAUCUACCACCAACACGAAAAUGAACAUGAAAUCCACCGGCACCCAAUCCGAACCCAACUCCAACGCCGUGGCCAACACAGGCAAGACAGUCACGUCGACUCUGGGCAACACGGCCGCCGGGCUGGCCAACACUGCAGGCGGCGUGAUCGGCGCUGCGUCGCGGGGCCUUGGCGAGACGGUCAGCAGUGCGACGGGAAACACCGGGCGGCCGGUGGGCGAGGGGAUGGCCAACCUCGGGACCGGUGUUGAGGAUACGGUGGCGCAGGGCGCUAAGGGGGUGAAGAAGGCUGGGGAGUGGAAGGAUCCUACCAAGUAGUCUUGAUUCUUGAUAAAUUGAUUUUGAAGCUGUUGGGAGGGAGAUAAUCUCGGAACGUCUGAAAAGGUUGAAAAUUGAACUGAACUGAAAGAAUGGUUGUCGCAAAUUUGUUUAGUUGAACUGUUGAUAUCCAUAUGCCGAUACGGAAUGAGGAUCUGUCUCGCCA